UUUGGAAAGGACAGGAGGCUUGAUAGAUUGUGUUAGUUCUCCACAUCUUAAGGUCUUCGUGUUACUGCGCUGACAUCAAAUUCUCACCUACGUUGCAGUAAAGUGAUGAACAGCAGGUUUGGGCGCAAGAAGACUAAAAAUCCCCCGUAUUUUUCUCAUGAAUUUAUUAUUACAAAUCAUGGGGACAUUGUCAGUGUUUUAGCGAUGAUAAUCAUCGUUGGUUUGCUGCACAAGGGAACCCAUGUUUUGUCUUCAUCUUUCAUAUUCAUCCAAUACAAUAACACCGACGAAAACCAAGAAAAUGCCUUAUUAUACAGCCCAGGAGCAAAAGAUUUAUGCGUAAUAUUUUUUUACACUCUUAUUUGUAUCGUGUCCCAUGCUGUACUUCAAGAGUAUCUCUUUGACAAAGUGACUCGGAAGUUAAGUUUGACAAAGGUUCGGCUAGCUAAAUUCAACGAAUCUGCCCACCUUGCAUGUUUUUAUGCUUUGUCCACAGUUUGGGCCGUUUACAGUAUUAUUAACGAAGGUUUUAUAGAGAAUUUAAACAGUUUGUGGGAUAAUUAUCCGCAGAGAUGGCUGCCAUUUUGGAUCAAAUUAUUUUUCAUCACUCAAAUUUGCUACUGGCUUCAUGACUACCCAGAGCUUUAUUUUCAGCGUGUCAAGAAUGAACUCAUACCUGCACGACUGUUUCAUGCAACAUUAUAUCUUCUUAGCAUAUCUUUGGCAUAUGUUGGAGGAUUAACUAAAUUAUGUAUGGUCGUUCUUGUUCUUCACUACGGUACUGACUUCUUCUUGCACGUUUCUCGGGCGUCGCACCUUGCGGAGUACAAGUUUGCAUCCAUUGGUUUUACCAUAUGGAAUUUGGCUUUCAUACCAGUACGAAUGGCAUGCGUAAUCCUUGGUUUUCUCACCUUUCAUCAUGGUUUAGGAAAGUAUUCUGUAACGUUGGUGAAAAUUACCGAUGGAAAUUUCAAUACUCCAUCCAUAAGAAUCGCUGCAAUGCUACUUUUCUUCACUACACAAGCUUUAAUGGUAUGGAAUUUCAUAACUUUCCAUCAACGGCAUCGUAGAGACAAGCAACAAUCCCAUACUUCUAAGAGUUGGUUCUUUACUAGUCAAGAUUCUGGACAGCGGAAAAAAGAGAAGAGAAAAGUUAAGCGAGAAGAUGAAGAUACUAGCGACCAAACUGAAACUGACCAGAAUCCACAACCAAAAGAAUUAAAACGACGAAAGCCGAUCAAAGUGCGUUCAUCAUAAUAACUACACAUAUAUAUAACCUUCCUUCUACUUUCAUUGAAAGUUUUUAAAAUUGUUUCUAUUCAUUUUCUCAACUUGUUUUUUUCUCUUGUAAAUGUAGACUACUUUCGGUAUUUAAGAAUAAAGGUCCCUUUUUUUGUUGUUUAAAAUGAACAAAUAGGAAAUGCUUAUUUUUCACUUUCAAGUUGUUGCCACAUAUUAAAAUAUUUUACAUCUUUGUUGCUUUAAUUCUAGCCAAUUUUCUUUUUCUUUUUUAAAGAAGCUUUGUGUAUGUGCUAGUAAAUAAGUUGAGUAAAUGAAUCCAACAAUUGUAUAUUAUUCUUAAUUCGAGUAUAAUUUACACUUUUGGUAUUUUGUCUUUCUUCGAAUACAUACCCCAUGAUAGGGGACUAAAACUGUAUCGCAAGAAGAAGUGAAAUGAUAUCAACUUGGAAAUGGUAAGAUUAUGUAGGAAAUGAACAUGUAAACAUAGGCGAACGUAGGCUAACUUCUAUCAGUUGAAAAGGACAUUCAACUGUUCUUAAAAAUCACAGUACUACAAUAAAAUCAUAAAUAACUUCCUUAAUAAAUCAUCUAACAAUACUUAACGCUACUGUGUUACACAAUAUACGAGACCCC